CCAAUUCCACCGUACUGAAACUGUUCAGUCACGGACUCUGUGACACACCCAACCCACCUGACUCUGUUCCAACACAAACCCUACACGUGUCUCCUCACUGUCACAGGCAGGUAAUCCACACACUCCCCCAUACCCGCUUCCCCAUUUAAAAAACCCCGAUUCUCUCGCUCACACUCCCAAACCCCACUCCUUCUAGAGAGAGAAACUAACACGAUGAUGAUGAGCGGCCGGAAAACACCGUCGGAGGUGGGGAUACAGCUGCCGGAGGCGAAGGUCGCGGCGGAGACUGGAUCAAUGAGCGGCCCGCUGGUUCCGACGAGGCCUGAUCGGAACAGUAGCCGGAGAACUGACAUCACUCACGUUGUUCUCCGGCUACUGUGUCUGUCGACCUCGGUGGUUGCACUCUCGUUCAUGGCCACGGCGAAGAAAUCUGCCACCAUCUCCAUCUACGGCUUUAGCCUUCCUGUGUACUCCAAGUGGUCCUUCUCUGACUCGUUCGAGUAUCUGGUAGGAGUUUCGGCGGCUGUUGCGGCUCAUUCUUUGCUUCAGCUGCUUAUUAGCGCGUCGAGACUGCUGCGGAAAUCUCCAGUGGUUCCUUCUCGGAAUCAUGCGUGGCUUAUUUUUGCUGGGGAUCAGGUGUUUGCAUAUGCAAUGAUGAGUGCUGGAUCCGCUGCUUCAGGUGUCACCAACCUGAACCGCACAGGAAUCCGACAUUCAGCGCUACCAAAUUUCUGCAAGCCAUUACAUAGCUUCUGUGACCAUGUUGCUGUCUCAAUCGCCUUCAGUUUCUUCAGCUGUUUCUUGCUUGCUGCCUCGGCUAUUGUCGAUGUAAUUUGGCUAUCCAAGUACUGAAUUUCCUUCUUCCCACAUACUUUAGAUUAUGACCCUGUAUGAAUAUGUUGCUUAGGAAGUUAUCUAUAUCCUGUUAUCAGUCAAGUGGUAAUAUAUCUGCUUAUGGAAGUUCGACAAACCAGGGCAGUGAUUGUCCUCUUUAGAAAGCAAAAUGGCCGCCUUGUUUGUGAUCAGAACAAAUUAUGCACCAAUUAUCUAUCUAUGAGCUGUUCAAAAUUAAGUGCAAGCAUAGUGAGUUGGGCUGGUGUGAUAUCUAUGAACUGUUCAAGAUCAAUUGUAUUCACAUUGAACUCA